AUGUCUGGUUUUGGUUCGUCUGGUCUUUUCGAUAUGGGUCGGUCCUAUCGCAUUCCGAUCGAGACAGUUCGUACUGAAAGUAAUCCACAUGAGGAUUAUGAGCAGCAGCUUUAUGUGAAGAGCAAGUACAAGAGUUUAAUUCUCAUCAUGAGUAGUGCACGGGAACGAAGCUUGUGGCAGAAAGACAUCGACAACGCAAGGGAAGAGAAAAGGAAAUAUAAAAGACGAAUGAGCGAGGCCAUAGAAAAGCAGAGGCGGCAAAGCUUGAAUCCCCUAAUGCUGGAAGCACCAUUAACCGAGGUUGCUGGAGCGGAGGACACGUUAACGGACGCUAACGGAACCAUCUUGAAUGACAGUGGUUUUCCAACGAAUGGCGAAAUUGCGCACGGUUUGCCGCCCUUGAUGAGUUCACGCUGCAACUCGGAUUCGCAGGAAUCCUCGUCCCACCCAAGUACACCAGUCGAUGACCAACCUGGACCAUCCUCCAAUGGACCAUUGUCAUCGAAGCGAAAGGUAAUUCGGUCCGAUGCUAUGAAACCGCUGUGGAUUCCUGAUGACGCUUCAAGUAAAUGUUUGAUGGAGGGAUGCGAUACGGUGUUUUCAUUCUUGAACCGCCGUCAUCAUUGUCGCGACUGUGGCUGG